CGAUCGCAGGCUUUGCUGACGUUGUCCGCGUGUGGCCGGGCUUGCCUCAGGUUUGACUGUAUCCCCCCGUGGUUCCGGUGUGAAGUCGCUGCCUGCUGUCCCAUUGGCUGUUACACAAACAAUCUCUGUGUUUAGAAAGACCAUUUGGGCCAUCUGCACGGCUCUGAAACCAGGAUUGAUUUGAUUUUUUUGAUCGACUAAUUGACUGAGACCUCUGAGCCCGUCCUGCAUUAGCGCUAGCGUUAGCAUCAGUGUUAGCGUUAGCGUUAGCAUUAGCAUUAGCGACGGCCGGUGAGACGGAACCUUCAGCCAUGAGGGCGGGAGGGGCUGUUAGAGACGGCGUGAGGGAUUCAGAACUGACGCAGGAAACUCCCGCCCAGAUCUCCUCCUACUGCCUGCAGUUCGACUCCACUGGUGAGGUUGGCGGCUAUGACAUCAUGAAUAACGUGGUGAUACCCACGCCCGGGCUGUGGGACUACCCGUCCCAGUUCCGCACCCUGCGCCAAAGCUGGGAGACCAACUACCAGGAGGCAGCUAUCUACCUACAGGAAGGGGAGAACAACGACAAGUUCCUGACGCACCCACGUGACCCCAAGGCUCUGACAGCCUACCUCGCGGCCCACAAUCCCCUGUUCUACGCCAUGGAGCUGCUCCCGGGCCUCCUGCUGAUGGCGCUGUCGCUGGCCGAGGCUCCAGCCGUGCCCCGCCUUCAGCUGGACGUCUACGUCCACACCACCCUGGAGCUGCUGGCGCUGGUGAUAGUGGCGUUAGAACUCUCCAUAAAGCUCAGAUGGCUGGGCUUUCAGGCCUUCACCUGCCACAAGAGGAUCAUGGUCAAGACCUGUGUUCUGCUGCUCCAGUUGGUGGAAGCCAUCGUGGUUCUGAUCCGACAGACGUCUCACAUGCGAGUGACCCGGGCCCUCCGGCCCAUCUUCCUGGUGGACUGCACCUACUGCAGAGCGGUGCGCAGGAACCUGCGACAGAUCUUCCAGUCCCUUCCGCCCUUCAUCGACAUCCUCCUCCUCCUUUUCUUUUUCAUGAUCAUUUUCUCCAUCCUGGGUUUUUAUUUAUUCUCUCCAAACGCGGCAGACCCAUACUUCAGCUCGCUGGAAAACAGCAUCGUGAGUCUGUUUGUGCUCCUCACCACAGCCAACUUUCCGGACGUGAUGAUGCCGGCCUACUCCAGGAGCGGCUGGUCCUGCGUGUUCUUCAUCGUCUACCUGUCCAUUGAGCUCUACUUCAUCAUGAACCUGCUCCUCGCGGUGGUGUUCGACACCUUCAACGACGUGGAGAAGAUGAAGUUCAAGUCGCUGCUGCUGCACAAGAGGUCAGCCAUCGACCACGCCUUCAAGCUCCUGGUCAGCAAACAGAGCCCCAGCACGGUGUCCCUCAGGCAGUUUGACGGGCUGAUGCGGUUCUACCAGCCGCAGAUGGCCGCCCGCGACCGCUUCCUCACCUUCAAGGCUCUCAGCCGCUCUGACGGCCCCACGCUCAGCCGGGAGGAAUUCUAUCACUUUUAUGAAGUCAUGGGCCUGAAGUGGACGGCACAGCGGAGCAGCAGUCACUGGUUCGACAGCCUUCCACACACCACCGUCCUCAUUUUCAAAGGAAUUCGAAGAUUUGUGAAAUCCAAAGCCUUUCAGUAUGGAAUGUACGUGGUGGUAGCGGUGAAUGGCGUGUGGGUCCUGGUGGGAACGUAUCUGGUGAACAAUGUUUCCUCCUGGUCAGCAUUUUUUCCCUGGAGUUACAUAGUCUUCCUCAGCAUCUAUGGGGUGGAGAUCCUGUUGAAAACCUCGGGUCUGGGCCCUGUGGAGUACUUCAGCUCUGGGUGGAACCUGUUUGACUUCCUGGUCACGCUCUUCGCGGUCCUGGGCCUGGUCGCCGUGGCCUUUGAUGUCGAGCCAUUCUAUUUCAUCGUGGCCCUGCGGCCGCUGCAGCUCCUCAGGCUGUUUAAGAUUAAGAAAUCUUUCCGCAUUGUCUUAGACACCAUGGUGGAGCUCCUUCCCCGGAUGGCCAGUUUGGGACUCACCCUCAUCAUUUUCUACUACUCCUUUGCUAUUGUGGGGAUGGAGUUCUUCGCCAACGUCGUCUACCCCAACUGCUGCAAAAACAGCACAGUGGCAGCGUCCUACCGGCAGAUCGCCAUCACCGUCGGCAACCGCACCGUUCUGGAUGAGGGAUACUACUAUCUGAACAACUUCAACGACAUCCUCAGUGCCUUCGUCACACUGUUUGAGCUGACAGUCAUCAACAACUGGUAUAUUACAAUGGAAGGGGUGACAUCACAGACCAGUCAUUGGAGUCGCCUUUACUUCAUGACCUUUUACAUCAUCACCAUGGUUGUGAUGACUAUCAUUGUGGCCUUUGUUCUGGAUGCCUUUGUCUUCAGAAUGAACUACAGCCGCAAAAACAGAGAACCAGCGGGACACCCAGGAGAUGAUAAUGGUGUGGUGUUUGAGGUGGAAGUGUUGCGGGAGGAGGCUCUGUCCAUGUUGGAGCUCAGUAAAAAGACCUACCCCAAACGCUCCAACCUGAGCUCCCUACAGGAGGCACUGCUGAGCAUCGAAAGCAACAGACUUGCCUCUCUAGUGUUUGUGGGUCGACGCUCCCGCACUAAGACUGACCUGAGCAUGAAGAUGUACGAGGAGGAGACUCAGGAGUGGUAUGUGGAACACUCUCAAGGAGGCCCACUUCACCCUCAACAAGCAUGAUACUGUAUGUGGACAGAGAAACGGACAGCCUGGACACCUAUAAUAUUCACCAGGAUACGGGGAAAACUCCUAUAAACUGUGGGCUAAAGCUAACUCUCCCAAACUGUGGGAUACAGGCUAGCUCCCCCAAACUGUGGACUACAGGCUAACACCUCCAAACUGUGGCUACAAGCUAACUCUCCCAAACUGUGAGCUACAGGCUAACUCCUCCAAACUGUGGGCUAAAGCUAACUCUCCCAAACUGUGGGAUACAGGCUAACUCCUCCAAACUGUGGGCUAAAGCUAACUCUCCCAAACUGUGAGCUACAG